AUGACUAAUGAGCAAGGCUUAACAGCAGUAACCCAAGAGGAGGUUAUAAAAUGGAGUAGGGAAGCUCAAUCAACAUUAGAGAAAACGCAGAAAAUAUGCACGGAUGCCCAAUCCCUGAUGCAGAAGACAGCACAAGAAUUGACUAUUUUGAUACCAGACAAACUACAAGCAAUUGAAUUCUUAUUCAAAUCCUAUACAGAGCAAUAUGACAGUAUUUUGAAGCAAAUAGAAACCACCAAGAAAUACUUGUAUGCAAAUAUCGACAAAGUAUUCAAUGAUAUCAAAGAUCUUUUGGAUCCAUCUUUAGCCAGAUUGGACAAGAUAUUACUAGAAUUAAAGAAAACACAAGUACCUUCGAUUGUUGUUGAAGGAACUUCCGGAAACAAAACAUUAUUUGAUUUUACAUCUAUUCAAUCAAUCAAUCUACUCAAAAAGAAUAUUGGGAUCUUUAAGUCAAAUUGCGGUAAAAUUAAGAAUCUAAUAGAUGAUGAAGUUAAAGAAAAAUUAAAUAUUGAACAGGAUCGUAUGACUAGCAGAUGGAACAAAUUAGUUAAAAUGUAUGAUUUGAUUACCCCCUUACAAAUGGAACUAAGAGCAUUAACUCAUGGUGCCUCAAAUGAAUCAAAUUCAUUUAUGGGAACAAUACUACGGGAAAACCAAGCCCUUGAAAAUGAAUUAGUGUCGAUAUUGGAAAUGCAGACUAACCAUUUUGAUCAAUGCAUGAAAGCAGUGGAAUUGGUUUCAUCAGGGAACGGAUGUGAUAUGAAUCUUGAUGUCUUGAAGAAUGAUGCUCAGGAAUUACCAGAGGUAUUUAAGGAAUUAACUACAAUUUAUGACAUUAUACUCCGAAACGAGGAAAGAUCUAAAAAGUUCUUGUCUACACAUAUGUUAAACAUCGAAAACAUAUCAGACAUUGUCAAAGAGGAGUUGACGGUAUUUCGCAAAUUCAAAACAGAAGAAAUUCCAAAAUAUAUAUUUCUUAUAGCGGAAUGUGAAAAUAAACUCAAGGAAUGUUCAAUGCCAGUAAAAUCUAACCAAUCACCAAGUGAAGUGUAUGCCCACACCUUGCAAGAAUUGACUGAGCAUUAUGUUAAGUUUAUAAACAUUUACAAGACCAAGUAUCUCGCUGAAUUACAUCAUCAACAAUUUACGUAUCCAAGAAAGUUUUUGCGGAAACUAACAGAGUUUUUGAAUGAAGACAUUUAUAGAAUUCAAAUAGAGGAGAGUGAACGAAGACGUCAGUGGACAUCUAGGUAUGGUGACUUUAUUCCCUCCGAGUUUAAACUUCCCGGAGAACACGAAUUGCCGGUUAUUGUGCAGAUUAUUACAGAAGGAUUAGAAUAUAUCCAGAAAGAAGAUGGUCAGGAAGAAGAGCCUAACAUAGGAAAUGAGAAAGAGUUGAUGGACAUGAUCAGAGGAUCCAGAAAUUAA